UUAACCAAUGAGCAAAAGCCUAAGGUUGUGGCCUGAAAGCUAAGGCUCCAUAUAUGCCUGUGUGAUGCUAAAGUAGUUACACUUCCUCAGAAGAAGGCUCCUGGAUGGGAAGCUUUGAAGAUCAUUCUGAAGAUCGCAUGGCAAACAACUCGCCAACAAUACACCGGGAAUUCAGUUACUGAGCCAUCUAGAACCAAAGCCAAGAGUUCCAUAUUGCAACCAUAUUAUUGUCUGUUUUGAAGCAAAAAAUAUAGAUAAGCAACAACUAUAACGUGGGUAGUUCCUUAAUAGAUUUUGGAAGAUGUCAGUAAACACCCCUUCCAACUCAGUGCCCGGGAGCACCAGUCGUUUCCAGGUCCAUGUUAUAAACGAGAGUCACGGCAGCAGCGCGGCCGUGAGCGACAGCGCACACCCCCCACUUUACGAAGAGACCUCUUUCGGGGACGAAGCCCAGAACAGACUGCGAAUCAGCUUUAGGCCUGGAAACCAGGAGUGCUACGACAAUUUCCUCCAGAAUGGAGAGACGGCUAAAACGGACACCACGUUUCACGCCUACGACACUCAUACCAACACGUACUACCUGCAGACUUUCGGCCACAACACCAUGGAUGCUGUCCCCAAGAUUGAUUACUACCGCAACACAGGCAGCGUGAGUGGGCCCAAGGUCAACAGGCCCAGCCUGCUGGAGAUCCACGAGCAGCUGGCCAAGAAUGUGACAGUGGCCCCUGGUUCGGCGGACAGGGUGGCUAAUGGUGACGGGAUGCCUGGAGACGAACAAGCCGAGAACAAGGAAGAAGACACAGCCGGUGUCGUGAAGUUCGGAUGGGUGAAAGGUGUGCUGGUAAGAUGCAUGCUGAACAUCUGGGGAGUCAUGCUUUUCAUUCGCCUCUCCUGGAUUGUUGGAGAAGCCGGAAUUGGUCUUGGAGUUGUUAUAAUUCUUCUUUCCACCAUGGUAACCUCUAUCACUGGGUUGUCAACUUCUGCAAUAGCAACAAACGGGUUUGUUCGUGGAGGUCUGGGAGUCAUCAUCAUUGGCCUGAGCGUGGUAGUGACAACACUCACAGGUAUUUCUAUGUCUGCUAUUUGCACAAAUGGAGUGGUGCGAGGAGGCGGCGCCUACUACCUGAUUUCCCGGAGCCUGGGGCCCGAGUUCGGUGGGUCAAUAGGCUUGAUUUUCGCGUUCGCCAACGCAGUGGCUGUUGCCAUGUACGUGGUGGGGUUCGCGGAGACCGUGGUGGACCUCCUUAAGGAGAGUGAUUCCAUGAUGGUGGAUCAAGCCAGUGAUAUCCGGAUCAUUGGUUCCAUCACUGUGGUCAUCCUUCUAGGAAUCUCAGUAGCUGGCAUGGAAUGGGAAGCAAAGGCUCAAGUGAUUCUCCUGGUCAUUCUUCUCGUUGCCAUUGCAAACUUUUUUAUUGGGACUGUCAUUCCAUCCAAUAAUGAGAAGAGAUCCAGAGGCUUCUUUAACUACCAAGCAUCCAUAUUUGCGGAAAACUUUGGACCAAGCUUCACAAAGGGUGAAGGCUUCUUCUCGGUCUUUGCCAUCUUUUUCCCAGCUGCUACUGGAAUUCUUGCUGGUGCCAACAUCUCUGGAGACCUGGAGGAUCCUCAGGAUGCCAUCCCCAGAGGAACCAUGCUGGCCAUUUUCAUCACUACUGUUGCCUACAUAGGAGUUGCUAUUUGCGUAGCGGCAUGUGUGGUCCGAGACGCCACUGGAAACAUGAAUGACACCAUCAUUUCUGGAAUGAAUUGCAACGGGUCUGCAGCCUGUGGGCUGGGCUAUGACUUCUCAAGAUGUCAGCAUGAACCAUGUCAGUAUGGGCUGAUGAACAAUUUUCAGGUCAUGAGCAUGGUGUCAGGGUUCGCCCCCCUCAUCACCGCAGGAAUCUUUUCCGCAACACUGUCUUCGGCCCUGGCCUCCCUCGUCAGUGCGCCCAAAGUAUUCCAGGCUCUGUGCAAGGACAACAUCUUCAAAGGACUGAAGUUCUUCGCAAAGGGCUAUGGGAAAAACAACGAGCCCCUGAGAGGCUACUUUCUCACUUUUGUGAUAGCCAUGGCAUUCAUUCUUAUCGCGGACCUAAAUGUCAUCGCACCCAUCAUCUCCAACUUCUUCCUGGCCUCAUAUGCACUUAUUAAUUUCUCCUGCUUCCAUGCCUCAUAUGCCAAAUCUCCAGGAUGGAGGCCAGCGUACGGGAUUUACAACAUGUGGGUCUCUCUUUUGGGAGCGGUUCUGUGCUGUGCGGUCAUGUUCGUCAUCAACUGGUGGGCAGCUGUCAUCACCUACGUCAUCGAGUUAUUCCUCUAUAUCUAUGUGACCUAUAAGAAGCCAGACGUGAACUGGGGUUCCUCCACACAGGCUCUCUCCUACGUGAGUGCUUUAGACAAUGCUCUGGAACUAACCACAGUGGAAGACCACGUGAAAAAUUUCAGACCCCAGUGCAUUGUCUUAACAGGGGGGCCCAUGACAAGACCUGCUCUCUUGGAUAUAACCCAUGCCUUCACAAAGAACAGUGGCCUCUGCAUCUGCUGUGAAGUCUUCGUGGGACCCCGCAAGCUGUGCGUUAAGGAGAUGAACAGCGGCAUGGCUAAAAAACAGGCCUGGCUUAUAAAGAACAAAAUCAAGGCUUUUUAUGCUGCGGUGGCAGCUGACUACUUCAGGGAUGGUGUCCGGAGUCUCCUUCAGGCCUCAGGCUUGGGCAGGAUGAAGCCAAACACCCUAGUGACUGGGUAUAAAAAAAACUGGAGGAAAGCCCCCUUGUCAGAGAUUGAGAACUACGUGGGAAUCAUCCACGAUGCCUUUGACUUUGAGAUCGGUGUGGUCAUAGUCAGGAUCAGCCAAGGGUUUGACAUUUCUUCCGUUCUCCAGGUACAAGAUGAACUGGAGAAACUGGAACAGGAGAGACUGGCUCUGGAGGCCGCAAUCAAGGACAACGAGGGUGAGGAGGGCAAGGGGGGCAUUCGAGGCUUGUUCAAGAAGGCUGGCAAGCUGAACAUCACCAAGCCGGCCCCUAAAAAAGACGGUAACAUCACCACCAUCCAGUCAACGCAUGUGGGGGAGUUCAAUCAGAAACUGGUGGAGGCCAGCGCCCAGUUUAAAAAGAAACAAGGAAAAGGCACGAUUGAUGUCUGGUGGUUAUUUGAUGAUGGAGGGCUAACACUUCUUAUCCCAUAUAUCUUGACUCUCAGAAAAAAGUGGAAAGACUGUAAAUUAAGGAUCUAUGUUGGAGGAAAGAUCAACCGCAUCGAGGAGGAAAAACUUUCAAUGGCUUCUCUACUCAGCAAAUUCAGGAUAAAAUUUGCAGACAUCCAUAUAAUUGGAGACAUCAACAUUAAGCCAAACAAAGAGAGCUGGAAAGUCUUUGAAGAGAUGAUUGAACCUUAUCGGCUCCAUGAAAGCCACAAAGAUUUGACCACUGCUGAGAAAUUAAAAAGAGAAAGUCCAUGGAAAAUUACAGAUGCAGAACUGGAAGCAGUCAAGGAAAAGAGUUACCGCCAAGUUCGCCUGAAUGAGCUCCUACAGGAACACUCCCGGGCUGCCAACCUGAUCGUGCUGAGCCUUCCAGUGGCAAGGAAAGGAUCUAUAUCGGAUUUAUUGUACAUGGCGUGGCUAGAAAUCCUGACCAAGAACCUCCCUCCUGUGUUACUGGUUAGAGGAAAUCACAAAAAUGUCCUGACAUUUUACUCUUAAAGCAUGAAAGAUAAGAAAUACCUUGGUGUGUGAAUAAUUAUGAAAUACAUCUCGUACUUUGUGUUGUAAAACCUCAUCCAUGAAUAUACAAACCUCUGGAGGCUAGCCUAUCCGAUUCUACAUAAAUUUUGUCUUUAAAAAAAAAGUUAUUAAUGAGAGCUUUUCCCACCAGCUUAAGAAACAUCGAAAGCCAUGAUGUUGCUAGAAAACUAUUUUGCCGUUGUUGCUUGUAAGCAAGAAAUUAAUACCUGGCUGACGUGCUUAUAGUCCUUGCUAAUCUGGAUGAGCGCUCCAGGCAAAUUUAAUCUCUUGUUUCCGUGGUGUCUGCUGUGCGGCCCUGGUGCAGGCCUCAGGCCCACAGCAGGCUCUCCAUAAACGCUGACAGGCCGGGAGGGUGACUGCAGGUGGCUAUCACAGAAAAAGAGCCACUGGGUCAGCGGCACGAUUCUGCUUGGCCUCCUGAGAAGUCUGUGAAGAUUUAAAAAUCAAUAACGGAAAACGUCAGGAAGGACCAGAAUCUGCAAAGUGUUCAGAGCAGCUGCCUAAACAAGGCUUAUUUAAUGCAGCAGAUAGUGAGCUUACCGGUGACCCCUGCUAACAUGUAGCUUACAUUUGCUGCUAGCUGGAGCCGUCUUAGUGAGGUGAGAAAGAGAUGCAUGCUCUGGUUAAAUGAAAUAGAGCCGAUUCUUAACAUAGAAAUAUCAAUUGUCUUCCUGGCUAAGUAUUUUGAAAUCUCUGCCUUGGUACUAUUUUGCUUAUUUUUUUCCCCUCUAAUUCUUUGCAUAGAUGAAAUAAAAAAUAAAUGCCUCAUUGAAAAAUAAUCUCACAGAUUUCCAAUCCACUUUAAAAUUAUAUCCAGACCCUACUACUUAUUAACUUUCUAUAUAAACAGUUACGUGGGCUUUAAAGAAUAAAUAAAAUAUGAAUGGAGACACUUGUAAAGUUUAAGACUACAGGUGCUGAUUUUUCCUCUUCUUGUUAGUGUGUGUAUAAUAUUUAAUCACAGAAAAAAAAUUGUUUAUCCGAUAAAUGGCUUGUUUUUGUUUUUUUCUUGGCCUAUUUUAUGACUGCUCUGGGGAAACACGUUGGGGCAAAUUGACCUGAAAUAAAAAUCACUAAAAUUUG